UUCUGCCAGUCAAAUUCGGCUUCAGACCCAAGAAUCUCGUGGAACUGGUUGGUUGCUCACCCAUCAAACCAGAGGGGACGGCUGCUGAGAAAGGGGGUCGGGGAGCUGCAAAGCCCAAACUGCCGAGGGGACACGGCGGAGAAAGUUGGUGCCAAGAAAAAGAGAAAUUAGGGAUGCACCCUGAAUCGCUGAAGCUUUCGUGGGGAGCUGUUGUCUUGUUCUGCUUGCUACAGGAGGAGGCUGUGGGAUCAGCAAGGGAGAAAACAGAAACAGCAAGUUGGCGCCAAGACCGUGCAUCGGUGACAGGACCAAAACCUCAGUCCUGGGAGCGAACGACCCGGGAGACCCCCGCAAGAGACAAGAAGCCGCAGAUCAUCCAUGACUUCGUCGGGGGAAGUCUGGCCAUUGACACGCUGCCGGAAAACGAAACCCAGAUUGUGGAAGACAACCAUAACUACUACAUAUCCCGGAUCUACAGUUCAGGUGAAGCACGAGCCAAGGACCUCUGGGUGAACAUCGCAGAAGCCAACAGAACCCAAGUCAGGGUCCAUGGGAUAUUGUCCAAUACGCACAGACAGGCUGCAAGAGUCACCCUAUCAUUUGACUUCCCCUUUUAUGGGCAUCACCUGCGGCACGUUACCAUAGCAACAGGAGGGUUCCUCUUCAUGGGCGACGUCAUUCACCAGAUGCUGACAGCCACCCAAUACGUUGCCCCUCUUAUGGCAAACUUCAACCCCAGCUACUCCCGCAAUUCCACUGUUAAAUACUUCGACAAUGGGACAGUCUUUGUCGUUCAGUGGGACCAAGUAUAUCUGGAUGGGAAAGAAGACCGAGGCUACUUCAUCUUUCAGGCAGUUUUGCACAUCGAUGGCAGAAUUGUCUUUGGCUACAAGCAGAUCCCCAUGUCAGUCUUGGAAAUCAGCACCGCGCAACACCCUGUCAAAGCGGGCCUCUCGGAUGCUUUCAUGAUCGGCACCUCCUCCCCUGAUACAUCUGGACGCCACCAUCGGACCAUCUAUGAAUACCACCGUGUGGAGCUCGACACCAGCAAGAUCACAAGCGCGUCCGCAGUGGAAUUCGUGCCUUUGCCCACCUGCCUCCAGCAUCAAAACUGUGAAAUCUGCGUGACGUCGGAUCUAACCUUUAAUUGUAGUUGGUGUCAUGUCCUGCAAAGGUGUUCCAGCGGAUUUGACCGACACCGUGAAGAGUGGUUGACAUACGACUGUGCUCGAGAGUCAGAGGAGAGGACCUGUGCAGAUUUCGAAGAGGAUGAACAUUACUACUCGUCACCCCCUGACACCAGUCCCUUCACACCAUUCAGAGAAGACGUCACCACUACUUCUUCCCAUUUUGUUGACAGCUUAACCACUGAAGAUGACACAAAGUUAACCCAGAAUGCCGAAGGAGAAGGUGUGGGAAACAAGGACCUCCCUACAGAGAAAGCGGCCUCUCAGAUCCACACAGGGACAAUUGUGGGGAUAGUGCUGGCUGUCUUGCUCAUUGCCGCCAUCAUCCUCGCUGGCAUCUACGUCAGCCUCAGCGUCAACCCUACCUCCAGUGCGGCUUGGCUCUUCCUUGAGCGAAGGCCGCAUCAGUGGCCUGCCAUGAAGUUCAGAAACCACACAACGUACACCGAAGUGGAGGCGGCUGGACAAGAGAAGGAAGGUUUUGUCGAAGCGGAUCAGUGCUGAGAGCAAUUCUCCUGUUUCUCCCACACCUUUAAGCCUUCAAGGGUCUCCCCGAGUCACAAUUGUCUCCCGUUUAUUCCUUUACGAAUUGGAACUGCAGGAACAGCAAAAAGAAAAUAUGAUUGAAAAAGAAAGCGCAAAAGCCCCCCUUCCAAGAACCGAAAAGGAUACACCACGAUCACAGAAGCAAGGGGGGAAGCUACAACAGAACCAGGACUUUUAUUUAUACUGCGGGAUCUGUCAGGUUGUCACUUGUCUUGCCCUCCUCAGCCGGUUACAGUGGCAGUGAAAUGCAGCAUUUGCCUUGUCUGCUUUUUGUGACUCUGUAACUGGAAGUUACGGUAGACCAGAAAGGCACGUUUGCACAUUUACCUCAGUUCAUUCCGGUUAACACCACGCAUCCUCAAAAGCUCACAAAUGAUGGGAAGACAAGGGAUGCUAUCCAAAGAAAAAGCUGGGCGAGGGGAAAAAUUCAGACUUCUAACUGGGAGAUGGGAGUUUACUUUCUAAAUAUCCCUUGAGAGAUGUUGGGGCUUACAAACGAAAGUGUCAUAGGGUGGCUGGACUGACUUGUGCCGUUCAAAUAUCUCAGUGUCCUCCUCACAGACUUAUCAGAUGCAGCACCUGCCGUCUGUUGGGCUGAGGGGAGCUUAAGCUAGGCCUAAAAUGCCACCUUCAGAUUUAUCUGUAAUGGUGGCAUAAAUUUAAGCCAGGAGAAGAAAACAUUAAUUAAGGAGGCCUUGCUGUCGACAGUAAUCGCCCAUCGUUGACAACUGAACCAGCCGAGGGAUGAAAUAUGUACUAAAUAUAACAGCCGACCCCUAAAAAACAGCCCAACAUAAUGGCUCAGCAUAUUUCUGCUUUGAUUUUACUCCACUUCAUAGUGGAUUCUGGGAUUUUUGGAUUACUUUGCUUUCUUCUUAAAAUAUCGUGGAGAGCCAAUUCUGGCUAUUGGUUUCAGUGGCAAAACAAAACGGAAAACCUUACAGCCAGGAAGC